UUAACGGUAGUACAGAUAAGAACUUAUAUCAUUAUGGGAAUCACGUUUCUGCACUCGUUUUCAGUACUGAAUCUGCUGCUUUUGUUGACUUUUCCUGAUAAAGGAAGCACUGAAUGCCCAAUAGGAUGGCAUCAAUUUGGUUCAUCUUGCUUUUUUUUCAGCCACGAACUAUUUAAUUGGUUGAACGCUGAGUUCAGUUGUCGUGCCCACAACGCCCGUCUCGCUGAAGUUCAAUCACAAGAACAGGCGACCUUUUUAGUAAACAUGUGUAAAACUCAAGGACCUGGUAUAAGCUAUUGGUUAGGAGGUAGAGAUGAUGUCGUAGAAGGAAGGUGGAUGUGGGCUCAAACAGACCAGCUAUUCAAUUAUACUGACUGGUAUCCUAAUUUACCAGACAACAUCGGCAGAAACGAGAACUGCUUACAUAUGUAUGCUCCAUAUAAAUUGAAAUGGAACGACGUUACCUGUGCCGGACUUUACAGAUUCAUCUGUGAAAAAGAGUAUUCUGGAGAUGGUUCUGAAACAAUAGGAUAAACAAAUAUCAUUGUGAAAACAUGUCGUCUUGCUUUUAGAUGAUUUUAUUGAAACAAUAGUUAAUUAAACUUGUCGAUCUGUAUUAGACUCACAAUUGUCUUCUGAUUAUUCUGUUAUGAAAAUAAAUAAAACGUUCGAGU